UUUCGGGUGUUGGGAGAUAAGAAAAUCGAAAUAAUAAUAUUGUUUAGAGAUUCCUACAACUGGCUCCCUUGAAGAUUAUCUUGUUAAUAGAAUUAUGUAAAAAUCAUGCAUUAUUAGUAAUACGCAAACAUUUAAGUAAUACAAGUUCAAGAAAAGUGAAUAUAUUGGUUUAAAGUUUGUAUAGCUGCGAUUCUAGUCAUUCAAAAUGGAAGCAGAAGGUGGCGAUUCGGAAAUUGUUUAUGGAACCCACGAUGACGCUGCAAUGGUGAUGUCUGAAAAGGUUCAAUCGCUAGCUGGCUCAAUUUACCAGGAGUUUGAGCGCAUGAUACAACGAUAUGACGAAGACGUUGUCAAAACUCUUAUGCCAUUACUGGUCAACGUACUGGAGUGUUUGGAUUCGGCGUACCAAAAUAAUCAAGAGCAAGAUGUUGAGCUCGAGCUACUACGAGAAGAUAACGAACAACUUGUCACACAAUAUGAAAGAGAGAAAAAUGCACGAAAACAAGCUGAACAAAAACUCUUGGAAACUGAAGAUCUGGCAGAGCAAGAGAAUAAGGAGUUGGCAAGUCGAUUGGAGACUUUGGAAAGUAUCGUGCGUAUGCUGGAGCUUAAGCAUAAAAACAGCAUGGAUCAUUCUAGUCGAUUAGAAGAACGGGAAAGUGAGCUCAAAAAGGAGUAUAGCAAACUUCACGACCGCUAUACAGAAUUAUUCAAAACACAUGUUGAUUAUAUGGAACGUGCAAAGAUUAUGAUGGGGAACUCCAAUCAUUCUCAAGUUAGUGCUGCAUCAGAACGAAUGGAUAUGCAUAGAUCUAGAUUGCUACCUUUGGCUCGUUCGUCUGGUCCGGUAUCCUAUGGCUUUACGUCACUUGAAAAUUCCACUAUGCUCGAUUCGGAUGUCGUCUGCAGUGGAGAAAGUAGCUCAGGUUCAGGACCAUCAUCGCUACAUAACGAAUUGGAAGUCGUUACAGCAGAAAAAUCUUCUGAAACAGAGAAAAUGCAUCAAGUAAAUCAAGCUACUUCCCCAGAGAGUGAAGCAUCAAAACCGGUAAUGACGAAUUCUAUUGGAGGAAAAACGACCACUAAAAAAGAGCAAAGAUCUGGCAAUACACUUUACCAAGAAUUGUCAUUCCAAGAUGAUAAUGUGGAAAGUGAAGAGGCUGAAAUAACAGGAGGAUGGGUACAUCCGGGAGAUUACGCAUCUUCAGUAAAUGACAACUUUUUUGGAAUGGGAAAAGAAGUAGAAAACCUUAUAAUGGAAAACAAUGAGCUGCUGGCUACCAAAAAUGCAUUGAAUAUUGUAAAAGAUGAUCUAAUAGUUAAGGUUGACGAAUUAACUGGUGAAAUAGAGAUCCUUCGAGAAGAGCUGAAUGCUGUGAUUUUGUCGAGGAAUAAACUCAAAUUGAAAGUUACCGAGCUGGAGGAGGAACUUAAGAAGACUAAAGCUCAAGUUAAGCAAACUACAGUCGAUCAAGAAGAGGAGGGUGACAUUCCAAUGGCUCAAAGAAAGCGAUUCACCAGGGUGGAAAUGGCUCGUGUGCUUAUGGAGCGGAAUCAGUAUAAAGAACGAUUCAUGGAGCUGCAAGACGCUGUACGUUGGACAGAGAUGAUGCGUGCCUCUAGAGUUGAGAAUCUAGAUAAAAAAUCCAAACAGAGUAUUUGGAAGUUUUUUAGUAACCUUUUUAGUUCAGGCGAUAGACCUCCGCCUGAAUCUUCCGGGGGGCGAUUACUUCGUUAUAGUACAAACCAAAGCCCUAAUAUGCAAGGGAUUGCGGAAGCAAGACUAUUCACAAGUCCUGCUCAUUUUAGUUCUAUGAAAUCUUCAAAUGUUCUAGUUCUUACAAAAGAACCGGAAAUUGCUAACUCCGAAAGAGCUACUCAAAGACGGCGAGAUCAAUAUCGACAAGUAAGAGCUCAUGUACAAAAAGAAGACGGGCGGUUGCAAGCAUACGGUUGGAGUCUUCCCUCAACUAAGCCCAUGACUGGGGGCAAUGCCUCCAAGGUGAACAGUGGUGUUCCAGUUCCGGUUCCUGUAUACUGUAGACCACUGGCUGAAGCAAGUCCUCAUAUGAAGGUUUGGUGUGCAUGUGGAGUAAAUCUCCACGGAGGAUACACAAAAGAUGGUGGUUGCAUGGUUGGAGCUAGCAUAUUUUAUUCAAAGAAAUCAGAAACCAAAAUUACUGAAAUCACAGAAGGUGAAGCAGCUGAAAUAAAUGAGCUUGAAUCUCUUGAAAAACAACUUGUAUCUAUCAACAAUGCUUUGAAUAGCGAAACGGAAUUAAGUUCAUUUAUCUGGAUUUGUACAAGCACACAUUCAGCAAGCACUGUUACCGUUAUAGAUGCCAAAAAUCCAGCAGAAGUGUUAGAUUCGUUUCCGGUUUGUCAAAACCAUCUACUUUGCAUAUGCACCGUGCAAGGUGCGGAGGAAAAAGAUUACGCCCUCUUAGAAAAUAGUGAAGUCACCAAAGCAGGAGAAAUGCUGGAAAAUCCUGGAAGUUCUCCUGAUGAUAUUGGCAAAGUUACAUUUGUUAGACAUGAGCCAUUAGUAUCCCAAACAAAUAAUGACAAUAUUCCGGAAAGUGGACAAACGCCAUCUGCAAACUGCGAUCAAAAUCACAACACAAAGGAAGCUACUGCAACAGUUGAAAAUGAAAUUGUCGAAAUAACUAGUGCAAUGAAUACUGACAAGAAUGAUAACAUCACUGAGUGUGAAGAGGAUUCCAACAAUAAAUCUUUAAAUGACGAUCCUCCAGUGUCAUCUAUUGGCCCAACAAUGUGGAUGGGUGCUCAAAAUGGAAUGCUAUAUGUUCACAGUUCUAUAGCAAAAUGGAGUGUGUGUUUACAUAAAAUAAAACUGCCCGAUUCUAUUCUGUCGAUAGUUCAUGUGGAAUCGAGAGUUGUUGUGGCAUUAGCCAACGGAUCACUUGUUGUCUUCAGAAGGCAAAUCAGCGGCGAGUGGGAUAUCAAUAAUUAUCACAUAUUGACUCUAGGAUCACCAAAGCACUCAAUUAGGUGCCUGACAAUAGUUGGAGACAAAGUGUGGGCUGCGCAUCGUAAUAGAAUUCAUGUCAUAGAUCCAAUCACAUUAACCGUACUGCAUUCGUUUGAAGCGCAUCCACGAAAGGAAAGCCAAAUACGGCAAAUGGCUGCCACUGGUUUAGGUGUAUGGGUAUCUAUAAGACUGGACUCUACAUUACGCUUAUUCUCGUCAGAGAAUUACUGUCAUAUACAAGAUAUUGACAUUGAACCGUAUGUUUCUAAAAUGCUGGGAACAGGAAAGCUAGGAUUUUCGUUUGUACGAAUAACAGCUUUGUUAGUGUCCUGCAACAGAUUAUGGAUUGGAACCGGAAAUGGUGUUGUGAUAUCUGUUCCUUUGAGCGACCCUAGUGGUUCUAUAUCAAGUAAAAUAUUGCCCCGGUGCUGCAUGGCAAAUGCCCAACUGUCGUUCCAUGGCCACAGAGAUGCUGUUAAAUUUUUCGUGGCGGUACCAAUGAAUCCUGAAAGUCAAACCCAGUACCCCUGUAAAAGGGACAUGCUAGUUCUGUCUGGUGGAGAAGGCUAUAUAGAUUUCCGACUUGGAGACGGUGAAAUGGAAAACAGCGUAGAGAUAGAAGCCGAACAAACUACAGGAAAUCAAAACGAAAAAAGCUUUAUCAUAGUGUGGCAAGUGAACAAUGCAUAACAUGCUUUACGAUUUCGACAAACCGAAAGGUGAAUGAAUCGUAGUUUUAAGUUAUUUAACAAAGAAAAAGAAAAAAAUCAAUGGUGGAUUAUAAAUUCAGGAUAGAUGAAGAUCUAAUGAAGUUUUAGUUUUAAUUUAUUAUAUUUUAUGUUGAGCUUCAGCCGGUGAUCUGAACUAAUGCACCCCGCGAGGAACCUUUUUAAUGUUCAUCCCUUCUUAACGGAGAUUUUUUAAUUCCAUUUAGGUAUUUGUAUGACAAAAGAUCUUGAUAUUACCACUGUGCGCUUUACCUAGUCAUUCCAGGACAUUUAGAGUUUUUUUUAUCCCUGUUGUCGGAAGAAGAAACAUAUACAGAUUGCUAGCAAGCAAAGUUUACCGGUGAUAAUACUUGUAGUUUGAAAUAAAUUAUAUAAAUAUUUAAUCAUGUAGUUCUGGAAGAUUUGCUUUUCGGAUGAUGCAAAUAAUAUAUAAUGUUUACGUUGAAUAUAACGUUCAGUUCUAGAUACAAGAAGAAUUACGGAUUACCAUGAUAUUUAAAAACGACGCAAGUUUUUCUACUAACUGUUUUUCCUUUAGCAUCAGUAAAGUCAGUUUUCAGUAUCGGUUUCAUCUAAUGCGCAAAAAUUAUGCUGAUUGAAUUUGAACAUGCUAAAUUUAUGCACAUAAUGUGCAGCCAAUGCCCCAAGUUCAACAGGUUUUUAAACGCCCUGGAAUGUCUAAAUAAAGAUCCAAAAUCGAGUGUCCUUGUAGUGUUUCGAUUAAUAUGAGGCAGUGUUUGGCAAGGGAAGAAUGCAAUACUGGAAGUGCGCCAGUACAGAAAAAAAAUCUGAUUCUAGUUAGUUUAGCGUUCGGUCGAAGUCCAGAAGUUAAGAUCAUUAAUUGGAAUACAUGCUAUUCGUAAAUGUUGUAUAUAAAAAGACGUAGAUGCUAGUCAUAUAACAUAAUGUAGGGCGAUUCCAAUAUAAUAAAUGUACAUAUUAUGCGAAGUUUUUGCGGCUCGACUAUAAAGUGUUAUCAUAUUUAUGAAAAAAAAAACCAAACACUUUUCUAAAGAGACCAGAUAAUUCUGACAGUAGGAUCAAUAUAAAGCGUAUUCGAUAUCCAUCCUA